AUGCAAAAAACUUUAAGAAAUCAAUCCAAGCUUAAAAAUAUUCCUCAACUGCCUGAAGACUACGCAGCCAGGCUUCUCGACAAAGAAAUCGACCUCGAAACAGAAUGUACAUUGGAAAACUUACAAAGGCUAAUCCAGUUUUAUAGUGAAAUAAUUGAAUAUUUUGAACACAUAAACGAUCCUAGAUUUUACGAUUUUCAGGAUAGAAUGCACAAGACACUAAUGAGACCAGAAAUUUUGAAGCUUAUGAAUGAAGACCACAAGAGGAGAAGGACUAAAGCAGCUCCAAAGGAGGGAAAAAAACUGGUUCGGUAUGAAGAAAAGCCAGUAGAAAUCCCAAGUGAAGUAUCAGCCAGUAUAGAAAAACCAGCUGCAGAAUCUACUGAGGGACUUUCAAUAAAAGUUGUAAUGCCACCUGAGCAAGAAAUAAAACCUGUAAAGCAACAUAUAAACUUAUAUGAAGAAGACUUAAUCAGAUCAGCUCCUACUUCACCGAGAAAUAGGUCAAGAACACGCUAUGGAGGAGAAUUAAAAGCUUUUAAGCCAAAAGAAGAAGAAAAAAAUAUAGCUCCCCAAGAGUUAUCGCGAAAAAUCAUUAGAAGCAACCCAAAAGCUGCUAGAAAUUUAGAAAGAAUUGUUGAAAAUAACGACACACGUGUAAAAAAAGUAACAAAAAGAGCUGGAGGAGAUUUAAAAUCGAUGGAAAGCAGCUUAGAAGAGCGGCUGGCUCAAAGAAAACAAAAGAAAUUAAGCAUGUCAAUGGAUGCUUCACAAACUUUGUCAUGCAGAAGCCGAAGCUCAACGGUGUUUAAUUUUGAUUUCAGCGAAUUAUAUGAAAAUGAGCAAGAAUUGCCAUCGUCUCCUAGCCCAAGACACCAAGAAAGCGACAGAUCAGGAGGCUUUUCUAAAUUUUCCCCAUUGCCAGAUAUAGAAGAGCUUGAAGAAAAAAUCAUGGAAAUUAUGGAAAGAAGCUAUAGCGAAAAAAGCAGACUUGUGACAGAUAUAAAAGUAAAAUAUCAAGCACAAAUACAAGAUUUAGAAGGACAAGGACCAUUAUUUGCAAAAAUUAUAGAACAGAUGAAAAUAUCGAUGGAUGAAGAAAUCAAGAAAAUCACGGAGGAGAUUGAUAACAAGCGGAAAGAUGAAAUAAGAAUAAUUAAAAGUCAGUGUUAA